CGUGGCUCUAGCAGCCUUUGAACUCUUCAACUCAACUAGGCAGAUCUUCUGUUUGUUGUGUUUCCGUAUUUUCAAUUUUCAGUUUCCUUGCUGGAGUUGAACCUCAUGAUGAACAGUUUGCACCCUCUCUUAUCCCGUGUUAUAAAUUUUUUUAACUAUUGUCAAGAUCCUUAUCUCGUUUCCCGCUUUCAAAACUUUUUCGGUGUGUAUCGCAUCGAUUCAAACACAAAUGGGAAUUUAAAAUACAAUUCAAGCAAAGACAAACAAGCAAAUCAGUCACCAAAAUCCAAUUGUAAGAUAUUAACGAUUAAAUAUGACUUCAUGGACUGUGAAAAUAUCUUCCGCCACAGAAAAACGUUGUCCAGUGGGUCUGAAAAUAGUAAAACUAGUCCAGUUACUUCCGAUGGAGAAGAAAUGUCCUCAGAUGGUGAUUCUGAUUUCGAAUAUUCCGUGAAAUGUCGAAUCGAAAAUAGCUUUUGGUAUUUUUUCUUUAGUUUCGGAGCUGGUCUCGGAUAUGAAAUGUUCUAUGCCAGUUUUUUUCCAUUCUGGAUAUGGAACAUCGAUGGUGCAGUGUGUAGAAGAGUUAUCAAUGUGUGGGUCUUGAUUAUGUAUGUUGGCCAAGCAAUGAAAGAUAUCAUUUGUUGGCCAAGACCUGCAGCUCCUCCUGUUAUACAUUUAGAGCCUCAGUAUGUUAUUGAAUAUGGCAUGCCAUCCACACAUGCCAUGGUUGGAGCAGCUGUGCCUUUCUCAAUAUUAUAUUUUACAAUGUUCCGAUACGAAUAUAGAGUAAUUAUUGGUAUUUUAUUGGCAAUAUUCUGGUGUGUUCUAGUGUGCUGCAGCCGUUUGUAUAUGGGAAUGCAUACAGUACUGGAUAUAAUUGGUGGUCUCUGUUUAGUUGCUGUACUUAUGGUUAUAAUCUUGCCAUUCUCAGAUUAUAUUGACCAUUUCCAGUUAACAAAUAAAUUCUCACCUCUCAUCACUAUAGCCUUUAUGCUUUUCUUGCAAGUCACAUAUCCGAAAACAACUCGUUGGACACCAGCACGAGGUGACACCGCUGUAAUCAUGGGCACUGGUACUGGAUUUGCUCUAGGAUCCUGGCUUAAUUACAGUCUGGGAGUUAUUCGCGGACCUCCUAUACCUCCUCCUUACAGUAUAUUGUGGCCUGGCUAUAAAGUUUUUGGAUUGGCUCUUUUGAGAGCCAUGAUUGGUAUUUCAUGUAUCAUUGCAACUCGUGCAUUUUUUAACAGCAUAACUUAUGGUCUCUUGUGUUACGUUAUGAGAGUGGAUCCCAGAGAUCUCAAGUCAAGACAAAAAUUGCUUGUGGAGAUUCCAUCCAAAUUUUUAACGUACACAGCUAUAGGUUUUGUUAUUACUUAUGUCUCACCCUUUGUGUUUAGACUUCUAAAUAUCGAACGGCUAACUAUGUUUACUGAAGUGUGACCAGAAUCAAAAUAUUAAGCUUUUAAUUUAUUAUAGACAUUUUGAUCACAGUAGGCGUGAUAGUCUGUAACACGUAAAUAAUGCUUUACAUUUUUAGUCUUGUCAUGUUUGUUGAAAGAACAAAAUAUAAAGCUUUAAUUUAUCACUUACCUUUUAAUGACAGUUGAUGUGAUAGCCUAUAACAUUAUAUUUUAAAGCAUUAUAUUUUUAGUUUUAUCACAUUUCUACAUUUAUUGAAAUUUGACUAGAAUUAAAAUAUAAAGCAUUAAUUUAUGAUAUUUUUGAAGAUGUUAAAUUUAUUGUUAAAUUUAACUUACCCAAAAUGUUAUCUUUGUUGAGCUAUCUAAAUAUACUUAAAGUUUUCUAUGAUUAAUAUUGAAUAUUACUCUUUGAUAAAACAAAUUUCAGCUACAGGCUGUAAGAAAGUAAUGACUUCUAAAUACAUUUAUAUAUUUUAUUUAUUGACUUUUAAAUGCUUUUGUAUGUUUAGAAACAUUCGUCAAUAUUUACCAAUUUUUAUCUAAUUUAUUUGAAUUUAAGAACUAAAUUUUAUUCUACAUUGAUAAUCAAAAUAUUAAUUUAUAUUACAAAAAAAAGCUUUUGGAAUUUUAUUUGUAAAUUUCUUAUUUGAAUUUAAAAACUUAAUUUUAUUCUACUUUUAUUUUUAUGUAAAUUUUCUCUUUAAUUUAUAAUCUUUUUAGUGAAUAACGGUAUAGAUACUUGUUUGUUUUACCACAUUAAAGAACAUUACAUCUUUGUAAUUAAUGCUUGGAAUUUUUUAUUCCUAGAAACUGUCAAAAGUUGAAUCCUUCUUUAUUUUAAGUGGAAUCCUUUUAAAUUUUUACCGAGAAUAAUUUUAUUUAGAUGAAGAUAGUUAGUGUAUUUGAAAUUAAAAUUUUUGAGAUUUACAUUUUGCGUAUUGUGAACAAAUAUAUUGAAAAUCGUCCAAUAUUUGCCUUUUUUUUAAAUGUAUUUGAAUUCUAAAAUUUUUAUGCAGGGAAUAUUUGCCAAUUGCAUGAUGCAUCAAAAAUUUACAUACUUUUUGCAUCAAAUUUAUCUUUUAAAUUUUGUAAAAUAAUAUAUUCAUUCGAAAAUUACUUUUUUCACUAUAUUUACUAUUCAUAAUAAAGUAACAAGCAAAAAAUUUAAUUUUAUGCAGAAACUUUUAGAGUUAUUAUAAUACUUUAUGCUAGCAGAACUUCUCAUUUAGUGUGAUUAGUACAAAUGGAUAUCGCUGGCGAAAUCUUUUGUUUUUGUUGUAAAAUUAUAUCUUUUAUUUUUUAGCUAACUAUGUGUCUAGCUAAUACUGCAUUAUGUGAUAAAUAUGUGUUAAAAUUUCAGUUUUUGUUAUUGCAUACAUGUGGAACAUUAUUUGAUCUCUGUGCCUUAAAAAUAUACAUCUGUUCACAGAAUGUGGUUUUAACAUAACUACAAAUUAUAUAAUAUUUUGAUACUAUAUGUUUAAAUGCAACACUUCAUUUUGUUGGCAAAUAUUUGUCUCAACUUUUAUCAUGUACUUUUUGCCAUUAACAAUUAAAAAUGUAUUGUAAUUAAAAGUUGCCAGAGCUGUAGUGAUAAAUUUUGCUUUGCAAACACUAUUUUCAAUUUUCAAAGUGGAAAUGAAAAUUCACAUUUUCUUAUUUCGUAAUGGAUCAUUUAUUUAUGUUUCUUUUAAAGAUCUUAGUUUCCUAUAGAUGGUUUAUUAAAUUAUUAAAUUGUUUAAAAUCCUUUUUCUAGUCUUUUAAGCUUAUCAAAAAGUGUAACAAAAAUUAGACAAAUGAAAUUCAUUUGCAAAUGUAUAAUCUUAUAGUUUUUGAAAAUUUAAUGGAUUAAAUGUUUUUUAACAGCUAAAUUAAAUUGUUUUAGCAUUAAAACUAUUUUAUGGAAAUAAAAUUUUAACCACUAGUUUGUUGUUAAUAUUUAAAAGUCAAACUAGGUAUUAGGGUGGAAAAUUUUAGAGCCUAUAGUAUAUAGUUGGUUAGAUAACUUAUGAAAUGAUUUAUGUCUGUUUUCCGUAUGUUUUUAUGCAAUGAAACUUUUAAGCGGGACAAUCUUUCUAGAAUGAUUCCUUUCUUUAAUGACUAGUUUUAACUACAUCUUUUACUAUAUCAACUUAAUGUCCUUAAGAAGAGAACAGACAGCUGUCUAUGAAUGACCAACAAAUAGCCUUCCAUUCAAAACUUUCUUGCGUUUUUACUGGCAUUAAAUACACUUGCAAAAAGUGCAAAUACAACAAACUAAGAUAAUAUUAAUGAGGCAAACAUAAGAAUACUAAUAUACAAAUAAAUACAGUUCAUCUUGCAACUAUGUAAAUAAAUUUACAACAAUUGCAAGAAAAGAAUAAACAAAAUGAAAAGUAAUAUUUUUUUAGUGAUAUAACUUUUUUUUAUUUCAGAAAUUAAUAGUAGUUCAAAAUUUGUUCUUUUACUCUACUAAAACCCCUGAUCACUACAGUUUUGAUUUAAAUAUAUAUGUAACAUAAACAGCUUCUAUUAAUCUUUUUAUGUUAGUUUCUUUGUUAUGAAACUUCAUCCUAAUUAAUCCUAUAUAUUUAAAAAAAAAAUUCCGUUAAUUUUAAAAACAUUUUGUUUCUGUUGUAGAAAUGUGAAAUUAAAUACUAUUACUAUUAUUUUUCUGCACAUAUUGAAUUUGUAUAUUUUGCUAUUAUUACCAUUACCAUUAUAUAAUAUUAUUACCAUUAUAUUUAUUUUUCUUUGCUUACAUUCCAGCUGGAUCUGGAAGAGAAAAUAUUUUUGAGAUUUAGGAAAUUUAUAUUAAAUCAUUAGGUUACUUUCUCAUUGUUAGUGGUAUGCUAACUGCUCAACUUUCAACAUAUCUUGUUUACCUAUGCCAUUUUGUAUUUAAUUAAUAUUUACUACUGAAUUUUUGUUAUGCUUAUUUGUAUAAAUUCUAUUAAACGUAUAAUUUAUGAUGAUAUUUUUUACUCUGAAAUGAUAUUAAAAAAUAUUUUUUUGUAUUUAUUUUCAUUUUUUUUAAAAAGAAAAAGAUCUGAAAAGUUAUAUUUCUUUUUCUCUGAGAUGUUUAUUUUGAACUAUUAUUUUAUAAAUUCCAAUUGUGCCUAACUAAUAUCAUCAAAUAUUGUGUAUUUAAAAUAUAAACUUAAAUGGAAUGAAAUAUAAUGCACUAGUUUUGACUGCUUUAAAAAAAUCUUUAUUCUACUUAUUAAUUUACUCAUGUACAUUAAUCAGAUGUUUAUAGUAUCCUAAAGCAUAUUUUCUAAUAGCUUAUAGUAUCAUAGAACAUAUUUCCCACUAGUUUAUAGUGUCAUAAAACAUAUUUUCUAAUAGUUUUCUCCCUUUUGAUUUGCGGAUUUUUUUUUCCGACUGCUUAAUUUUUAUGUAAUCUGUAUACUUUUAUUUUGCAUUAUUUAAAAAUGCUAUGAAUUUGCUUAUGCAUUGUUUUUUUGUGAAUAAAAAGCUGAACACAA